UCGUUUCUUGUUCACAAGCAAGACACACUUUUCUUUCUUCACUUUCUGUCUUUCCACGAUUCCAUGAACUAAACAUUGAGCCUUUCAAUCACAUGAAAUUAUAGGAAUUAUUUGUUUCUUUUAUUCUACGUGUUUUCUUUUUUAAAGGGUACAGUGGCUCCAAAUGGGGCAAGGUUACGAAGUUCCUGCGCCUACGAAGAAGGCACCUAUAGCCUUUCGAUAUUGGAACAUGCUUUUUCAUUCUGUAAAUAAAUCCUGUGAUCCUUCUUAACUAUAUUAUAGGGAUUGAGGAUUGUCGUGGUUUCUGUACUGGAGGUUAGUCCGUCUGCUACAAAUUCUGUGACUGUCCAACGUAAGGUAGCAGGUUGCUGACAGCAAUUUUAUGAAUCGGAUUUUAUGAAGUUUUUGACCGGUGACGUAUUCAGGUGUCUAAUAAUUUUUUCAUCCAUGCAAAAAUCCUCAGCCCCCCGGGAAAGGUGCUUUUCUAAAAUGCUUGCUAUACAAUCAAAAAUGACAACCAUGUCUCGGGGCGGGGGGGGGGCAUUUGUGCCAACGCUAUAUGUGCAACUUAACUUAACAUAACGUAAAUGUUUGGAAUGAUCUAAUCAAAAAUACUUCCUCUAGACAGUUUAUCCGAAACUGUCUUAGAGGGCAGGAUCAUUUAAUAAAUAAUCGAAACACACUGUAUAAAAAUCCGAUUGCUAUACACAGAUGGAAACGAAUACAAAUUGAUACGGACACUGCACAAGAUAAAUGGGUCGAGACCAUCCUCCCUGAAAGCUAAUUGUUUCGGACUUAUAGAUAUCUCUUAUCAAGAUAUAUAGUCAAGUAAAGUUGAAAUUGUAAAUUUUGACUUGGAAUCAGUCUCAGUGAUAAAUUAAAAAACAAACUCGAAAUAUUACUGGCUGAUUUUGAUAAUUACACGAACAUAAAUGCAGAAGGAUUACACACAAGAUGGUUUCAGAGUAUUCUGGGAUGGUAGCACGGAAUGUAUAUCUGUUCGGUGGAACACUAAAAAAAUAUGCCUGCACUAACUCAAAAUAAGAAUUUAAUCGGGCUUCAUGAGAGUUGUCAUAGUAAUCUGUAUUUUUGGAAAAUUAAAUAGAAUUGUACUUUUGGUAUUUGGGUCCAUUUUAGCGCGAUACUGCAAUAUGUAUUUUAAGAGAAAACUUAAAAUAAUGUUUUUAUACGUCUUCACCAAAUAUCUGGGAUUCGAAUCGAUCAUCUUGUUAAUUUUGUUGGAAUGCGAGACAACUUCAUCCUAAAAGAAGUAGUAAUUAUUACUUGAUCCAGGAUAAGGGAUUUUACGAAAUAUAAGAUAGAUCUAACUUCGUUUCUCCUACAAGCCAAGAGAAUACCGACCUAGUGGAAAACAAACAAUCACCAGAACAGCAACAACGACAACAGCAUUGACAAAGAGAUAAAGUGAACAACAGAUUGAAAAAGGUACAACAAUAUUCUACCUACCCGAUGAUGAAAUAAAACUCGUAAUGAUGCAAGUCAAAACAAGCACGGAGAACGACUUUGGGGGGGAUAUUGUGGCCAAACAAAUCAUGAUGUAUUCAACUUUAACAAACGAAAGAUUAGAAGUGAAGCCGAAUUGGUUGGGCUCCGUUGGGCUAGGAAGCCUUGUUGACUGUUUUCAGUUGGCAUAUGAUAUAAGGAAGCAAGGCUCAAAGUGGCUUUAAUACAAGAUGGUGAUUGCAUUCUUUCCUUUAUUGGUUGGAUUGCUGAAGCCAAAAACACGACUGCGCAGAAACACGAAAACAGGAAUACGCAUGUUCUCCUGGACGACAGAGUGAGUACACUAGAAGUGAUGUGUUAUUUAACAACAAUAAUAUAAUAACAGGGUUUAUGAAGCGCUUUAUUAAGGCGUUUUCCAUUAUAAUUACCCUGCUUACUGGGAUCAUGAAACUUUCAAAAUGCAUCUCAGCUGUGUAAUUUAAUUAGUUUGUUUUUCAGUCUAAUUAGUUUGUUUAAGAAAAACAUUGUGUCGGAAAAAUUACUAUUAUCGAAAUAUAGAUGACAGGUACCAUUAUUUUUGACUAUUUCCAAGGCUGAGGGUUUCGGAAAAUUGAAUUCAUCGUCUUUGGCAUUUAUAUUGACUAGAAUCAACGCGUUUGGGGUAAAUGGUUUUAAAAAGAUGCUCUUAGGCUUCACCAUGUGUAUAGUGAUUCGUAAGCCAAGAAAAAAUAUAAUUUCGAACAGUAAUGAGGCAGACCGAGUAAGUGCGUUUAAUAUUGAUCACCACACUCUAUCAGUGAUCAAGAACAGGGCGCCCCCUUGCAGAAUGAUUCGCCUGUUCUAGAAUUGGUUCCCUGCCGUCAUACCGAAUAUAAAGGGCUUCGUAUUUACAUGGGACCUGCUCAUUUCAAGCACAUGGACCGAAAGUGACUAAGUAUUGCCUUCAGCAUGUUCAGGGCAUAUUCUUCAUGUUCUUCACAACGUUUCCGAUCUUAAGUUUCAUUGUAUGGCGGAGAUGACAUCUUUAGCUCAGCAACUCAAGCGUCUUGCUGUGCCCCAAGCACAGGUUGCUACUGUAACACAUGACAGACAUCGCAAGUCCUUGCUUUUUGAUUCCAAGGAAGCAGCCUCAUUAGAUCAGGAAACUUUCUAUGCCUUAGGUGUGAACGGUCUUCAAGAAUUGGAAAAUAUUGACCCUAGCUUUCAAGAGUUUGAGAAUACCCUUUUUGAUGAUGCCUCAAAGUCACUUGAGCGCUCUGUCCAAACUCAAGAAGUCAAUUCACGAUUGGAUCGUAAGAUCAAGCAUUUCUUGCUGCAACUGUCUCCUUUCUUCUUGUUAAAACCUGCCCAGAAAGCUACUGAAUGGCUCAUUCACAGAUUUUCAAUUCAUGAGUACAAUAUCGAUGACCUUUUGGCAUGUGUCAUCCCAUACCACGACACCAAGAUCUUUGUCCGUGUGGUUCAAUUGCUGAGACUACAGGAUGAUACUAACAAGUGGCACUGGCUUCAACCAAUUCAGAACCCUGGGGUGCCCUUGUCAAGAACAACUCUUAUCAACCAAUGCUUCAAAGACCCUGGUUUUCUUAGGUUCGUGUGUGAGCUUGUGCCGUCUACCAUUAAGGCACAUAGACACAAGUUUGCCCACUCUCCUGACCAGAAUGAUCCAUCAUCUAUAGAUAGUGAAACUCCUUCUAGAUCAACUGAGGCACUGUUGCGAGUCAUGACGAGUUUCUACUGCUCAGCAAUUGUUGGGACAAUUGAGCUUGCCAAACCUGUCAAUGAAAAGCUGUUGUCUGGGAUUCUUCCGUAUGUGCUCAAGGGACUAAAAUCCAAAAUGGCAGAUUACCAGGCAUCUAGCUACAUGAUCAUUUGUGAGCUGGCCAUUAAGGUCAAGAUGAAGACAGACCUUGUAGACCCCAUCAUCAGGAGCAUAUGUAAGCACUUGACUCCUGCGUUAGCUGUCGAAGGGUUAUCCUGCAUUGCGAUUCUAUGUCAUACCCAGCCGGUGCAAGAAUUACCUGAGAGUGCCUUCCAGAAGCUUUGCAGUUUUACCUGCACUCUGAGUGCACUGGAGGUAUUGUCACAAGCAUCAAACUCUACCCGUCUGUUGAAGCUGUUCCUCACUAGGCUUAUCAAUGCAACAAUGCACAGUGUCAUGGAGGGAAAUCAGAACUGCCAAAUGGAGGGAGGAGAGUUGAUGUGUGCUGUGAUGAAAGAAAUCUUACAGAGAGUCAAACUUGAUGCAACAUUAAUGAAGGAAAUGGCAGGGCUGCUUCUGAUCAAGUAUGUCAGUGUAAGAAAAAUGCUGGUAAAACAGGCAUCAUUGGUGAAGCAGUUGAAAGAGCAGGUGUCAUCUAUUGUUGCUGCUUUGGAAAGAAGGUACCCAGAAGCAAUGGAUCUGGCAAUCGGAACCUUUAUGUCUCAAGAUAUGGAUAGCAGAGAUAAGGAAAUCAUCCAAGAGCUCGUCUCCAUGUCUGUCUCUGCAUCAAAGCAUCAGACAAUCUCUGACACCUCAACAACAUUAGUCAUGAGCCUCAACCAUGCCAACGCCAACAUCAGAAUGCUAGGAGUACAGUAUCUAGGAGAGAGAAUAGCUGCAGGUGAAGUCAUGGGGGGGUUCUUUGUUGAGUCGUUGUUACAGCGCCUUCGUGAUGACAAACUACAAGUGGUGAAUGCUUCUUUGGAAAUUGGCAAACCAUUAUGCAAGCUCCUUCCACAGGAUAAGCUGUUUGAUAUUCUGACAGAUAUCCUCAGGAAGGGUAAGAGGAAGACAGACAAAGGACUGACUUCCAUCAAACUGUCUCUGAAACUUCUUGGAGAUACUUGUCUUUGGGAUCUUAGUGUGGAAAGACGGACUUCACUAGUACCACUAGUCUUGCCCUAUAUGUUCUACCGAGGUCCUGAAAUGGCUGAAGCAGACAAUGAAAUAAUUGACAUCAUCAGGUUUUCCACAUUGAAGAGGGAUCUUAAGAUUUUUGGUCUCCUAAACAAAGCUUAUUGGAUGGGAAAAAAGAGGGAACAGGAUUCCUACCCUUCUGUAGUUACAAGUUGCUUGAUUAACAUCUUGGCACGACACUUAAUAAAGGCUGGCUCUGAUGAACGGAUGAAAAUGAUUGCCCUCUUCAUGGCCCAGAUCACCCAGCGACAUCCUCAUCAAGCAUUCUACCAGGUUUUACUAGAUUUCGUCCUUCUCAGGAUAGCACAUCACUCAAAGAAGUGUAGCAAACUGUAUGUAGCUGUAGACCUGCUUGAAGUCCUUAAGAAUGAUAUCAAGAUGAUGCUGGUACCAGGCAUGUCUGUUAUCCAGCCUGAGGAGCCCCUGCCCUCUUUUAGUGGUAGCCUUGGAAACCUACCUCAGGCAGUACAUGCUCAUCUGUCCAAUUUGCUGGUACAGAAGCAAAAGCAACAGCAUAAGGAAGACAAUCCCAGAAUGCAUCAGUCACAAGUAGAGACCACAUUGUGGUGUCUUGAAAGCAUUGUUGGUAACGUCCCUGUAGUGCAGCAGUUGAAGUCAGAAACGUACAUGUGGGCUUCAGUGACGUGUGAAGGCGACCCAAUCAAUGUGUAUUUGACCUGGCUUUUACAUCUGUUUGACAUUUUGACCCAAGCUGCUGGGUCCAAGGAGAAAGAGGUUCAACAUGUUCCCGUGUUCAAAACCAUCUUGACAAACGUUAUACGGAAACAUCUGCUUAAACCACACCUCCUUUGGAAGUUUCUCUGUCUCGUCUGGACAAUGCCUCACCAGGCAUCGAGUACCCAGCUUUAUCCAGUCUCACCCUUCUACCAGGCACGAUGUUUUCAUGUUGGUCUUACCAGUACAAAAGAUACCUCAAUGAUCUCUGAGGUUGCAGGUCAGCUUCUGGAUCAAGAAUCGGAAGUUCUCCCCUCCCUGUUACUGGUGUUGUCCAGUGAGUAUGAACCAAUCAGAGCUGCUGCUGUACAUUGUCUUCAAGCUUUAUUGGUCAAAUUGGAUGAAGAAGAGCUCAAGGUGCCUUAUAUCUUACUGGCUCAAUUUCUUAUCAGCAAGGGUGAUGAAAUCAUCGCAGAUGCAAACUACUUGAAGCAGGCAUUGAGAUUGUUCUUUGCCAACGUUAGUUCAGUUGAGAAGGCUGAACAGUCUGAACCAGCAGAAACACCCAGAAAGACAAAGAAAGGAAAGCAUGCUGCAGAAAACCUCCAUCCCAAGAUCCAAUGCUUGAAUUGGCUACUUGUGUUUGUCAACAAGGAUAAUGUACCAUUGUAUUUACAGCGUGCACUUCUUUCUGUGUUGUCAGAAGUCACUAAUGAGCAUUUCCUCUCAUUGCUGCUGGACAUGCUCCAUAGCCUCUUGACACAAUGCCAGUUGAGAGGUCAACUUGAAAAUGACCAGGCUGUCAUUCUGGAAAGCAUUAUCCGACGUUUCAUCCCAGAAACAGCUGCUAUUGUGCAACAUUGCAUUGAUGACAUCAUGGUUGCCUUGGAGAUAGAGAAGGAAGUGCAUCCAAAUAUGAAGCCCCCGCAGAAACUGUUUCUUAGACAGAUCACACCAGCUUUCUUUAAAGCUUUACCCUCCAAGACCUUGAAGCAGCAUGUUCUGUCAAGGUUAAUUGAUCAGCAGGUUGCUACCAAGAAUUCAUCAGUAGCUGUCAGCAUUAGACGCACCCUCAGAAAGUUGCCCCUUGAGGCAGAACAAAUUGUAUAUGAGUUGGACAAAUUGCCUAUGGAUGGAAAAGCCGUAAGCCUCAGAGAUGCAAAGAGAGCAAGAGAUAAUGUGAAAGAACCAGAAGCCAACCAAUGGCAACGCGUCAUUCACAUCUUGGAGUUCGUUCAACAAAAGAAACUCACGAAGAUUGCUGAUGUAGUUCAGCUGAUUCCAUCUCUCUUCACUAUUCUGUCAAGGUGCCUAGAGCAGGAUUCAACAGAACCACAAUCAUCUAUUGAAUACCUCAAGCAACUUAUUCUGACUACGAUACUGAAUAUCUGCAACAGUUUGUCCCCUGACAGUGAUCCUUUACCCGUUGAUGUAUUGAGCCAGGAGCAAUUCAAUGUUGAGCUAAUUGUACAGUGUAUAAGAACAUCAGAAGACACUCAAACACACCGUCAUGCUUUGAUGUUGCUAGCAACUGCUGCAGGACUUUUCCCGGAUCAUGUAUUGCACAACAUUAUGGCUAUCUUUACCUUCAUGGGUACCAACAUGUUGCAUCGUGAUGACAGCCAUAGUUUUCAAGUCAUUUCACGUACCAUUGAGACCGUCAUACCUGCUCUUAUCAAGGUCAAUGAGCAGCAUACCUUACCCUCCACAUUAGGAAAGGAUGUUGAGGAGGUGGUUGUCAUGGUAAUGAGAGUCUUUGUAGAUGCCUUCCCACACAUUCCAGAGCAUCGUCGCUUACCAUUAUUCAGUCAGGUGAUGACUACCAUCGGUGAGGAGAAAUACCUGUCUAAGAUGCUGGCACUGCUCAUAGGAGGUUUUGUCACCAAGGGAGCAGCAGCGAUGCACCCAGGAGAUGAUGUAGACAUUAGGGGACCAGGUCGUAGUAUUGACUUUUGGUUGGAACUAUGCCAACAAUUCUCACCCACAGUUGAGAUAUCCAGUUUGACCAAAUUGUUGGAGUACGUUUCGACGUUGACAGAAGACAAGGAAACUGAUAAGAGACCACCUUCCAUGGCCACUAGACACAGUAGUACCAGGAUACAGCGACAUAAAACUUCACCCAAUCAGGGGCCAUUAUUUGCAACUGAUCCAAAUGUCCGGGCUCGUCAAAUGAGACAGUUCCGAUUUAGUGCUGUGUGUUUCAUGCCAUAUGUAGUCUCCAGUACGGACUUCAUGGAAAAGGUAGUUAAUGCCACUCGGGAGGAGUCAGAGUGUUUGAAGAGAUUACUUCAAAGAUUGUUGGAAGUCCUUUUAGGCUACAUCACCCAAGUUGCACAAAGUGUUCAUCAAAAUGCAGGGAAGGAGACUUCAAAAUUUUGGAAGGCUUUGCUGCAUCGCUGUUAUGAUGCUCUUGAUAAGGUCAAUGCACUGUUACCUGUACAUAUCUUUAUCGAUGUCAUCAGCCAUCUCCUUGGCAACAAGUUAGCAGCUGUCAGGCGUAAGGCCAUGGAAUUGCUUAACAACAAACUUCUUCAGCAUCAAGACUACUUCGGCGAGGAACAGAGUGAAAGUCUGUUGGGGUUAAUCUCAGGUCUCCUGAUUAUUGCCAUGGCAACCAAGGAUCAAGCCAUGGCCCCUGAUGAGGUUAAUGUGAAUCGUCAUACUGCCCUCUAUAGUUUGAAACUUCUCUGUACACUUCUGGGAGAGAACCAUGUUAGAGAAUUUGGACCAGUAUUGGAAUCAUCUGUCACAAUAUGUGAAGAAGAAGGAGUGAAUACACAGGUGCAAGGAAGUGCAGUACUUUGCCUGGCAGAGUGCGUGCGCACAUUGAGAGCACACUCCAUUCGUUACCUUCCUCAUCUCAUGCCACGUCUUCUGGAAGUUUUAGCAAUCAAGGAAACAGUUGUCAGUUCUGAUUUCCUUCUCUUGAGUGCUGUGACUGCAGUUCAGAAAGUGGUUGAGACACUGCCUCACUUCCAGAGCCCCUAUCUUGUUGAUCUGCUCUUUCAGAUUUGCCGUCUUUCCUGCAAUGCCGAGGAUGAAAAGUCCCAGCUUAACCUAAGAUUGAAGGCGCUAGGCCACAACCUGGCAAGCACAGUAGCGGUUAGGGUCUUACUGCCUGUAUUCAGUCAAGUCUAUGACAGACUGGUCGAUUCUCACCAGGAUAGUAUUGGCCCCCUGAUGGGGAUUUUGUCAGAUCAUCUGAGUGCUAUGGACAAGAUUGAUAUGGCAGGGUACCAGCCACAGAUUGUUGCUUUCUUCCUUGUUGCAUUGGACUACAGAGCAAAAUAUGCAGAUAAAAGCUUACCUGAGGUUGAAGGAGUGGAAGGUCACACCAUUAAUGGAAUGCUGACGCUUGUAAUGAAAAUGACAGAAGGAAGUUUCAGACCAAUGUUCAUCAAGGUCAUUGAUUGGGCAACUCGCGGCAGUGCCCCUAAGGAGCGUUUGUUGACUUUGUAUCGUCUUUCUGAUGCCAUUGCUAACAAACUCAAGAGCCUCUUCACCCUGUUUGCUGGUCACCUAGCGGCCAAAGCUGCAGAUCUUCUGGACAUCAAUAAUACCUCCAAAACAGACAAGCUGUUCUUUGAAGGUGUUGUCCAUAGUGAAGAGAAGUCAACAUUGCUUCUUGUUUAUCUCUUGGACUGCCUCCAUAAGUGCUUCAUGUAUGACAAAGGAGGAUUUGUCUCCAAGGAACGCUUUCAGAGGCUCAUGCAACCACUUGUUGAUCAGAUUGAAAACAUGCAGGGUACCGACACAGACUACCAGGACAGAGUAAGCAAUCACCUUACUCCAUGUAUUGCUCAGUUCUUGGUGGCAUCACAUGAGUCAUCGACAUGGCAACCACUUAACUACCAGGUGCUAUUGAAGACUAGACACUCUUCUGCAAAGGUGCGAUUUGCAGCCUUGACUGUUCUCCAAGAGCUGCAUAGGAAACUGGCUGAGGAUUAUCUGUCCCUACUUCCUGAGACUAUUCCAUUCCUGGCUGAACUGAUGGAAGACGAAUCAGUUGAGGUUGAGCAACAAUGUCAGCUUCUUGUCAGUGAACUUGAGAAGACUCUUGGCGAACCUCUUCAAAAAUAUUUCUAGGUAUUUGUCACAUUCUAGAUUUUUACAAACUACUUUGUAUUAAACACAAGGCUGGUGAUUCAGGAAUAACACAAAGUUUGACCUGCAGUAAUGACUCUGCAAAUUAUUCAAAUGUUAAGAUUAAAAUUGUGUCUGAAUAGUCAAAUUAUCCAUAAUGAUACCCACAAAACACUGUUUAAUUUGGGGGUUGGGGUGGAGUAUUUGCGCAUGAUUUUCAUAUUUCUGGAUUUGCUCACCCCCAGUGAAGCAUGCACUUGCCUUCCGAGGCUCUUAGGUCAACAGAUUCAUUUAGGUCAACAACUGUAUUGGAUCGGUUGUUGACCUGAUAAAGUCAACAGCUGCAGUCACAAAUAAUGUUGUUGUCAGUGUAUCCUCCCACCUGCUCUGGAUAGGAUAAGCAUGAAACAGUUUGUCUUUUCACAUUCAACUUUCUUGACAUAAAGUGUAGCUUCUUGAGUGGAUGUGAUUUGCAGCUUUUUAAUUUCCCUUUUCUGAACCAGAAGUAUAUUCAUGGCAUAUGUGAGUUAUAUCUGGAAAACAACCUGCAUGAAACAGUAGCAACUGCUCAGUAUUCCCGAAAAAGGUUAAGCUGAAAUUGUGUUUUUUAAGUUGGAAUUUCAGUAGUUAUUUAUCCUGGAAAAUUGAAAGCCAUCACAGGAAUAGACCCAGUGCUUGAUGGACAGACGGUUGUAGAUAUUCAAAAAGCAGCAUGAGAUAUGCCAUCAAAACAUAUCACAUGGAAAGAAAAAGUUGUUCCAUGUUAAAACAGUGUUGUUAUUUCACCAUUCUUAGGAAACAUUUAAAUUCAUAAUUGCAUUUAGGUAGAAGUUAAAUUUUAUUCAUGGAAACAUGACUUUCAGAUGUCUAUUUCCCAUGGGGGUGUCAGGAAACCAAAAGAUGUCAUUCUAUUACACUUUUUAGUGCUCAGACACUUUGCAGACACCCUGGCUUUUAUUGAAGGAAACUUGGUCAAUCAGUCUGUUCCAAACUAGGCUUGAAUACAACCACAUGUGUGUUUAUCCCCAAAUGGGAAAUCUGUCUACAAUUGGUCUUUUCGUAGAAGUGUUGCAAUAAUGUAGACCAUUCGUGACUUUUUUCAAGAGCACAUGUUCUUGGAAGGUUCCACUCUGAAAUGAACGUUGCUGCUAUCCUGCUGAGUUUCCUGAAUGAAAUAAAACCUAAUUUUUUGGCAU